CGUCACACGUCAUUCAUUUUCAUUUUUGUAGAAGAGUAUGAUCGCAGUGGUCUCGCUCAAAUAGUUUUAUUUUUAUUCUUGUAUAAAGUGGUAGUGAGUGAAAAGUGAAUAUACGGUUCUACAAAAAGAAAAUAUUUAAAUUUAAAAAUGUUUAGCUGGCUUAAGAAAGAGGGUGAAAAAACAGAAAGUAUCGAAAAUGUCGUGGAAGGUCUCAAAAGAAUAUACAAAACUAAACUAUUGCCGCUCGAGCUGCACUAUCAGUUCCACGACUUUCAUUCGCCCCAACUGGAAGAGCCGGAUUUCGAUGCUAAACCUAUGAUAUUGCUUGUGGGACAAUACUCGACGGGAAAAACUACCUUUAUCAAAUACCUACUAGAACGAGAUUUCCCCGGAAUUAGAAUAGGACCCGAGCCCACUACAGACCGAUUUAUCGCUGUUAUGUAUGAUGAGAAAGAAGGUGUAAUACCCGGUAAUGCGCUCGUAGUAGACCCCAAAAAGCAAUUUCGGCCUCUAAGUAAAUUCGGAAACGCCUUCCUGAACAGAUUCCAAUGCUCGACCGUCGCUUCACCGGUGUUGCGAGGCAUUUCUAUCGUCGACACACCCGGUAUAUUGUCAGGAGAAAAGCAGCGGGUCGACAGGGGCUACGACUUCACAGGUGUUCUAGAAUGGUUCGCCGAGCGUGUAGAUCGCAUUAUAUUGUUGUUCGACGCCCACAAACUGGACAUAUCAGAUGAAUUCCGGAGAAGUAUAGAGGCGCUGAGGGGUCACGAUGAUAAAAUUCGAAUCGUGCUGAACAAAGCUGAUAUGAUAGAUCACCAACAGUUAAUGCGUGUGUAUGGAGCCCUCAUGUGGUCACUAGGGAAGGUGUUGCAGACACCAGAGGUGGCUAGAGUGUACAUUGGCUCAUUCUGGGACCAGCCUCUGAGGUACGAUGUAAAUAGACGUCUAUUUGAAGAUGAAGAGCAGGACCUCUUCAGAGACAUGCAGUCCCUUCCGAGGAAUGCUGCUUUACGAAAAUUGAACGACUUGAUAAAAAGGGCGCGUCUUGCUAAAGUUCAUGCAUACAUUGUCAGUGAGUUGAGGAAAGAAAUGCCAUCUAUGUUUGGUAAAGAUGGCAAGAAAAAGGAAUUAAUAAAGAACCUAGCUCAAGUGUAUGACAGAAUUCAAAGGGAGCAGCAAAUUUCACCUGGAGAUUUCCCUGACAUCAAAAAGAUGCAGGAGUUGCUAGCUAACCACGAUUUUACAAAGUUCCACCCCCUGAAACCCAAGCUGUUGGAGGUGGUGGACCACAUGCUGGCUACUGACAUUGCUCGCCUCAUGGAUAUGAUUCCACAGGAAGAUGUUAAUGUAGUCAACGAGCCUCUCAUCAAAGGCGGCGCGUUCGAAGGCGUGGAGGACCAAGUGUCGCCGUUCGGGUACGGGCGCGGCGAGGGCGUGGACGCGGGCCACGGCGACCCCGAGUGGAUCUGCAGCAAGGAGAAGCCGAGCUACGACCAGAUCUUCCAGUCGCUCAACCCCAUCGACGGGAAGGUCACCGGCGCGGCGGCCAAGACGGAGAUGGUGAAAUCGAAGCUGCCCAACUCGGUGCUGGGUAAGAUCUGGAAGCUGUCCGACAUCGACAAGGACGGCUUCCUCGACGACGAGGAGUUCGCGCUGGCCAUGCACCUCAUCCGCGUCAAGAUCGACGGCCACGACCUGCCCUCCGACCUGCCGCCGCACCUCGUGCCGCCCUCCAAGCGCAACUAGCCGCC